AUACCCUCUGUAGCAGAUUACCAAUUGUUUUGGUGACCCCAAUUAAGUCUGCUUCUGGGUACCAGACCACCAUAGCUGUUGCUUCACAAGCUCCAACACCCCACCACCACUGUUCCUUCCAAACUUCCUUGCUUUUUCUCUGCUAUGUGCCCCUCACAGCUCUGAGAAUAUGCUCACGGUCUUUGCUAUUGACUGCUCUCGUUUUGUCAGCUGGGUGCUGGAUGAUGUUCUCCUGCAGGGGAGACUUGGAUUAAAUAUCAGGAAGAAAUUUAUUACUGUAAGGGUGGUGAGGCCCUGGCACAGGCUGGCCAGGGGAGCUGUGAAUGCCCCGUCCCUGAAGUGCUCAAAGUCAGGUUGGAUGGAGCUUGGAGCAAUCUUGUUUGGUGGAAGGUGUCCCUGACAAUGGCAAGGGACUGGAAGGAGAUGAGCUUUAAGGUCUCUUCCAACCCAAACCAUUCUGUGAUUCUGUGACAAGAACCAGCUUCUUUCUGCCUUGGCAGAUCUGCAUUUUCCCAAGCAUGAAAUAUCUUGCAUCUCUAAUUCCGGGAGCCUGACAAGCGAUGUCAUUUUGCACCGCUCUGAGUGACAUAGAAGCUCCCCUCCGCUCUGUCCGGCCCUGGCAGCGGGAGUCCCGCCGGCCUCUGCGCUGUCAGCGCUGCGCCCGGGUGGCUCCGCUCCGCGGUGCCGGUGCCACCAUGAACUGCAGCAAGGCGCAGCGCCUACCGGCGCUGCUCGGGGCGGUGCUGCAGGAGCUGCGCCGCGCCGGCAACAGCAGAACAGCCCCGCCGGGCCCCGGUCCCGGCGCGGACGGCUCGCUCUACAUCCUGCUCAGCAUGAUCUACUACAGCUGCCUGGGCGGGGCGCUCACCCUGGCGUACACCCGCUCGCGGAAGCUGGAGUCCAAGCACGACCCCUACUACCCGUACAUCGAGCGGGACUAGGGCCCCGUCGGCCCGGCACAGCAGGCGGAGGAGGGCCAUCCCUCCGAGGGGCAGCGCCCGUGAGAGCAGCGGGACCGGCGGCCAGAGCUCGGCAACAUGAAGGGUCCCUCCUGCGACGGCAGUGCUUCUGCUGCCCUCCCACCUGGGGACUGCAGACAGCGAGCGACUGCGGUGGAUGAGAAAUUGUUCUGAUCUUGUACAGUGCCUUGUACAGUGCCCAAGUCUUGUCAUGCGGCAAUAGUUGUUCUUCAGCUCUUUGAAUCCGUUUGUACUGUUCUUGGACAAUAAAUACCUGCAUUACAUACUGCGGCCUUUCAGUAUUUAGAGGGGGUUUAUAAAAAGGAGGGAGAGUACAUUUUUAUACGGGCAGGUGAUAGGUCAAAGGGGAACGGUUUUAAACUGAAAGCUGAGAAAUUAAGUUUAGCUGUUGGAAAGAAAUUCUUUAAUGUGAGCAUGGUGAAGCAACAGAACAGGUUGCCCUGAGACAUUUUGAAUGCCCCAUCCCUGGAAAUGUUUAAGGAUAGGGUCCUGGACAACCUGGCCCCUGGCAGGGGUUUGCAACUAGAUGAACUUUGAGGUCCUUUCCAAACAGAUCCAUUCUAUGAUUACUUAUGCACAGAGACCUCUCUCAUCAAUCCUCUUUAGAUCUUAGUUUAACAUCUUUUUCUUUAAAAUCUGUUUGUAUUACACCUUAUCUGACAUCAAUGCUGUUGGUGGGGGCAGCAUUUCAUGACAUUAAAAGCAGGUCCAUUAUUGCUGUAGGAUGCUUCCUUCUGUCACUUUGGAGGAUUGACAGCUAUGUCAUGGGCUGGAAGGCUCAGAUCUCCUUCUGUUAAAGUAAGAUGGGUUUGACUUACAUGGAAGCAUUUCUUAAAACAAAAAGAGCUUAGAAAAAAGCACCAGUACUGUGGCUUUGAUGAUGCACAGAGACUUCUCAAGCCAUCAAAAAUAUCCUUACAUGCAGAGAUGUGUGAUUCCAAGGGUACCUUUGUAGAAAUUAAACCUUGUGAUUAAACCAACAUAUAGCAUAUGCUUUCUACAGAAAAAGUGUGGCUGGCAGAGGUUGUUUUAGAUGUUCAUUUUUAGUUAUGUCAGUAGUCUGUGCUUUCUUGGUUUGGGUUUGGAGUGAGGCUUUUUCAGAUAAAGAUUAAUGAACAAUUCCAAGGAACAAAUACUGUCACUAGGAUUUCUGCAGUACGCAGUUCAAAUUACCACUUGGAUUUUAUCCACACCACACUGCUGGGAAAAGAAACUUUGACAUUAACUUCAAAGGAGGGAAGAUUUUUGUUAUACACUUAAAUUUCCUAACACUCAUGAAUAUUUUUUUCCAACAAAAAAACAGUUGUCUUGUAUUUGGCAACAACUGCAUCUUGCUGUCUCUAACUUUGUGAGGAAUCAUUAUAUACUUAACACCUGAAGUGAUGAAUUAAAAUCCUGGAGAGGACUGACAGUUCCCAAGUCAAUGAUGUCACUGCAGAAAAACACUGCCAAUAUUCACAGACCAAAUUAAAAAGUAUCCUUAAAUAUCAAACUGCAUCUCAUGAACACCCAGACUUUCUAAUAAUUAAAAAGUAUGGGGCAGAGAAAAAAAUUCAAGUUCCAGAAACAAUUUCAAUGGGAGUAUAUGCCAUAAUACUACUGCCAGCAUUGUAGACAUACAGCAGACAUGUGAAAUGUAGCUCAGCAAAAAAAAUGUAGCAGUGAGUAUCAUGUGCGAAAAGAAUGUCAGAGAAACCAACAAACUGAUACUAUUCUUAAAAUCCUCUAUCGAAGAGAACACAGUAAAAGUUCUAGUCAGCUAUUGCUAAAAUGCGUGUGGACGCUGCUGAAGGCCUAGGCACAUUUCAGCCAGGCCUUUUUCUCAGGUUCUGAGACUUUCUCAGCUCCAGCCAGGAUUUUUCCCAGGCUAGAGACUUUUCUUUACUGUAAACAUAAGAGAAAGAAUCAUAACAGAGAUAAACACCUGCUAGAUCCAUGGGAAAGCCAGGGAGGUGUCUCUUUCUCUGCCCAAUGAACUGUUUGUAUUCUGUUUUUCAUGAACUAUCUUAUUUAAAGCCAUGGCUUCCUUCAAUAAAUUGAUCUUUCUUACACCAAGAAAGAGAGUGCCUUGUUGCUGUUUUCUCUUGCUGCUCCGUAACCUUUCAUACAGCAACACAUGUGCUUAACACAUUUUAUUUAAUAUCAGCUAGUUACUAACUGCUUUCCACUGCUUCAUCCCAUGAACAAACCUGAAGGAAGGUUGUGACAGUUCCUCCAAGAACCACUGAUUUCUUCACCAGAUUUUCCACUAUCUUUAUAAUUCAUUUCUCUUACUUACUCAAAUUGCAAAGUAUGUGCAACACACUGUAUUUAGAGCCUAACUAAAAACAAGGGCUGCCCAUGUGAAAAAGUUUGCCCUGCAUUACACAGUUCACAAAUAAAGCACAAGAGCUCCUGCCACAAAACUAAACAUCUAAUUAUCUCCUGUUCUAUCAGUGCCUUUCAACGCCUGAUCACAAGGUCUCAGUGAACUGCAGUAAUUUCUGAUUUACAUCAGUCCAUCUGUUCUUAUAGUUACAGUGCAACCAGCUGUUUAAAGAAGAUGACAUCAUUGUGCAUUAAGACACACCAAAGUACUUGAAACACUCAAGAAUAAUUCAUAUUGUGUCAUACAGACCUUGACAUAUAAGUAUUAAGUCCAGUAGAAGCAUUAAUUUCUUUCUGUUUUAGUAAGUUCAAUACAUUGUGUAGUGGUUGGAAAUCUUGAAAAACCACAAAGAUGCAAACCCAGAGGGGUUUGGGAACUAAAACAGGCUGCAAGAAGACAAAAAUCAGCCACUGCAAUUCAACACAAUUUUGCCAUCAACAGUAUAUUCUAAGGCACAUGUAUUACUGAUGCAGGGCAAAAUGGCCAUUAAGUGUCUGUAGUCCAUUCCAUCACAAAGUAUAAGAAGACAGAUUUAUUCAUAUUAUUAAACCCAGUCUUCUAAAGGAGUAAGCCCAGCUCUCCAUGUCCUACUUUCUGCAGUUAGGAACAAAAAAGAGAAGCUCACUUUUCUAGAAGAAUUUAAUAUUCUUUUCUUUAGCCCAGUGGCAAUUCUGCAAAAGGAGCAAUUUCUGGAUCCACUUUCAACAUACCUGCAAAAACAUCUGGUUUGGGCUGAUUUAUUUUUCCCAGCACUCAUAAAUCUUCACACUGCAUCAGCUGUCAGAGCCUUGCUCAGGAUCCUUACCAAGAGCAACUGUCUGCUAAGCCUUACUGAAAUCUACACCCUUAAACACAGCAAAAACUUUCCAAUAUAUUUUGGCAUGGUUUUCAGAACACAUUUCUAGAACAGUAUCUGUUUCCAUGCAACUGUUGACCUUGCAUAAACAUCUUCAUCUUUGCAGUGCUAGCAUUUAAAAGCUGGUGUCUACACCGAGCAAGUGUACAUCAGUAAUUCAAGGUUCUAAACAGCAAAAUAGUGAAUAAAUCACUGGAAUUAUCACAAAAAGCAUUUCUCAUUUCAGUGUUUCAUUUCUUCAUAGAGAAACAGCAGAAGCACAAUAUUUACAACCCAAGAAUCUGGCUCAAAUUUUGAUUGACUUCAUCCAGGUAUGUGUUGGAAAACAGUCUAAACUUUAGUAAAUUUUAAAGGGAUAUGUUAAUUUGAAAUAGUUACUUUGGGCAGCUCAACACUUACUGCUUGAGAGUGCUUUUGGAAAGACAUUUGUUGUAGGGUUCUUCACAUUUUACCCUGACAGAGAGCUGCCAGCCUGUUCUGCAGUGCCCCUUGCACCACUAAGAACUCAGA